AUGGAAGCACAAAACCAAACCAUAGUUACAGAAAUUCUACUCUUGGGAUUUCAACAACUUGACUGCUUUAGGAUUCCAAUUUUCUUAAUGUUCCUUAUAAUUUAUUGUUUGACUUUAGUUGCAAAUGUCAUGAUUAUAACACUAGUAACCCUAAGUCAACAUCUACAUUCACCUAUGUAUUUUUUUCUCAGUCACCUUUUAUUAUCUGACAUUUUACUGACCACAAACAUUGUACCCAACAUGUUAAAGGUCAUUCUGAGACAAGGAAGCACCAUACCUCUCAGUGGUUGUAUCACACAAGUUCAUUUCUUUGGUACAUCUUUAGCAGCAGAAUGUCUGUUACUCACCGUUAUGUCAUAUGACAGAUAUUUGGCUGUUUGUAAACCUCUCCAUUACUCCACCAUUAUGAACUACAAUCUUCAACUAAAGUUGGUUAUAGGAUAUUGGUCCAUAAGCUCUUUAAUUUCAAUAAUUGCAGCAUUUUUGAUAAGUCAAUUACAUUUUUGUCACUCAAACAUGAUUAAUCAUUUUUUUUGUGAUCUUGCCCCUCUUUUAGAACUUUCUUGUUCAGACACUUUUGCUAUAGAUUUGGACAAUUCAUUGCAAGCUACUCCUUUAACUAUAUUUCCAAUAGUCUUUAUAAGUGCAACAUAUGUGCGUAUCUUCAAAAGCAUCCUCAAGAUUCAGUCUACUAUAGGAAUACAGAAAGCUUUCUCCACAUGCACUUCCCAUUUAACAGUUGUGUGCAUUUUUUAUGGAACGCUUUUUACUCUUUAUGUGGUUCCAUCUAAAGGUCAAUUGCUUAAAGUGAAUAAAAUACUUUCCCUAAUGUAUACAGUGGUUACUCCAUUGUUCAAUCCUCUAAUAUAUAGCAUCUAUGAAAUCAAGACUGCCUUAAGAAAAUAUGUCAAAAAAAUUUCAUGA